AUGACCGACUCCAGGGCUGCGGCAGGGACACCCGCACAGGGUCAGCCAGCUCCAGCUCCAGCUCCAGCUCCAGCUCCAGCUACAGCUACGGCUCCGGAGCUCUACCCCCAGUACUGCUUCCACCUCUCGCCAACCAUCAACAAGUGGUGUCAUCUCCGAGCAGCCGAUAUCGUUGCCCUGUCGAGUCAUCCGGGGUUUCAAGGCCAAGACCUCUACUUCCACCUCAACCACCCCAUCAAAUGGGUCCGCGUCUGCGGCAUCGUCGUCGCCAUCGACGUCUACGGUGAUCCCGCCUCGCGCAGGGGGCAGGUGCAAGUUGUUACUAUCGAUGAUAGUAGUGGGCAGACGGUGGAGUGUGUGAUUCCGCUUCCUCCUCCUCCUGCUGCGGCUGCUGCUGCUGCUGCUGCUGCUGCUCCCGUUGUCCGUCAUGUCGGUCAACAAGGUCAACAGCAAUAUCGAGAACCACAGCCACAACAACCCGCCCGAUCAUUACCCCUCAUCGACUCAGAAAUUGACAUCGGCCAUACCCUAGAUAUCAAAGGUUCCCUGCGCACUUUUCGGGAUCAGCGCCAGAUCAAAGUCGAGAAAAUUGUGCACCUGAAAACAACAGAGCAGGAAGUCGCCUUUUGGGAAAGAGUGGUGCAAUUGCGACGAGAAGUUUUGGAUAAGCCGUGGAAGCUGGAGGAGAAGGUGGUAAGGAGGCUGAGGAGGGAGGCGAUGGGGGUUGAUUCUGAGAGGGAUUUGAAGAAGAGGGAGAGGGAGAAACAGAAGGAGGAAAUGAGGAGGGAGAGGAAACGGAGGAGGAGGUUGGAGGAGGAGACAAAGAGGUUGUGUGAGGAGAGGAAGGCGGAAGAGAUGGAGAUGGAGAUGGAGGGGGAGGCGAAGAGGAUGAGGAGGUUGGAGGAGGAGCGGAAAAGAAGAUUGGAAGAGGAGAGGAAGGUGGUGGCCGCUACUCCUGACUCUUUGGCAAAGACACAAGCACAACUGGUGAUUCCGACGAGGACCAAGAGGAACAUCACGGGUUUGGAAAGAAAGACCGUGUCAAGAGCGCCACCGAUACCCCCGAGACCCAAGGAGCCUACGGGCCUGGAAAGAAAGACCAGGUCAGUCAGCAAUGACAGGGUGAUUCCUGUAACUGGCAAGUACGCGGCUCUUGGGUUGUGA